CUGCUAAUACUGUUGGUCUUCUUCAAAAAGUUCGGGCGGCUAUUUUCUUAUCACUAGAUAAAUUAUGGCCAGCACUAUCAGAUUUAGUUCGAAUCACAGCAAUAUUUGACCCCCAAUUUAAGGAUUUUAAAUGGGAUGAUACAUUUGAAGAAAGGGAAAAAUCACUUGAACUAUUACAAAAGCUAUAUGAUUCUAUAAAAGUGGAUUUUCAACCCAGAGAUAUAAGUAUGCAGCAACAAACAACUUUUUAUGAUUGUUCAGAUGAUGAUGAUUUUUUUAAAGCUUUAGAAAACAAAGUAGAUAGUAGUUCGUCUGGUACUA